AUGGGGGGAUACACUAAAAGGGAGCUUGUGCCGGAUCAGCACAUCCUCUCCGGUAUCUUUCCCGACGUCCCCGACAUCGCCGAUGGCCUUUGUACGGUCAUCUCCAACACGUUCGAUACGUGUACGUUCCGACUCCUGCUUGCCGCCGAACCACGGCCGGGCUUCCCCGCAGACCUGCUCAUUCGACCUGAGGCUUCCCGCAAUCAUCAUCUCGCGGCCGUAGCCGAGUUGCAACAGCUGGCGCAUCUCCAGAUCCCCGAUCUCGUUCCCGCAACGCUAGCCGUGGGGUCCGCCAUUGACGCAAGUCGCAGACAGGUGGAAUACUCCAUCACACCAUUCUUGGAUGGAACUACGGUUCUCGAGGAGGUCUGGGCAGGACUCGAUCAGCACAACCAGCGGUCCCUGGUAGGAUCCAUUGUCGUUGCAAUGCGGAAGCUCCAGGAAGUUCCUGUCCAAAGUCCCGAUGUCCGCCAGAUCCUCCAGCGGCAUGGCAAGACAACUGCAGAGUCUCAGCCCUCGAGCAAGGCGGCCUUCGUCGGGGGGCCGGACGUCGGUUUUCAUUCCGGUGUCAAGCCACUGUUGGAGGCAUUUCUUGGCCAGAGGGCGGCGGACUUGCAGGCGUGUGAGAUCCUCGACACAGGUGACGGGAUUGCCGUCCGGUCGGCCGUCGACGGAAUUGGCGCAAUUGAGCUCAGCAAGUCUGAUCUCGACGUCCUCAUGAGCCUCACCGUGUUCUGUCACAAUGACUUGGAGCCCCGCAACAUUCUCGUCAAGCGGAUUGGCGGCAACAACGGCGGCGGAUGGUACGAACUCGCUGCUAUCAUCGACUGGGAGCUGGCGGGCUUCUUUCCUUUUGCCUACGAAUUCGGGCUCAAGGAUACGCUGCUCGGCUCGUCCAACCUGUGGUUCAGCUGGUACUCUGUGUUCAAAGAGCAAACCGCCACGCUGCUUCCCAAGCAGGAGGCCCAUGAGAAGCUGAUCAAAGCGCCGGGGAUCAUCGAGGGGUCCAAGGAGUCAACGAGGCCUAAGAACGUAGGGGUUCGGGUUCGGGGAAAGUGGAUCAAGAGAGAGCGACUCAGGAUGUCGUCGGACGUGAGGUGUGGCUGGGUCCGAGAAGACGGCGCCGACCAUCUCCCUUGCUUCACAAAGGAGGACAACAUCAAUCUGGAGCAAGAAGUCCUCAAAGAGCUGGGCUAUAUUUAA